CUCAAGAUCACUAAAGAUUUCUUUAACAUGAAAACGUGUUAUCUGUUACUGUGUUAUUUUAUUGUUUUAGUAAUUCAAGUCAAAUCAGACCCUGAUCCACUUCAAGAUUACUGCAUAGCAGAUACUCUUUUUUCGCAGUCCUUUUUUGUUAAUGGGGCUCCUUGUAUAAACCCUGCCGACACUGCACCUUCUCAUUUUACAACCUCUGCGUUGUCCAAGCCUGGUAAUACUGCAACCAAUCCGUUGGGGUUCAAUGUCACGGUUACUAAUAUUCGAAAUCUUCCCGGCAUGAACACUCUGGGGUUAACGAUGGCUCGAGUUGAUAUAGCUGGAAACGGGCUCGUACCACCUCACACGCAUCCGCGUGCUUCUGAAGUAACCAUUCUUAUAAAGGGUUCUCUUCUUGUGGGAUUUGUUGACACCUCAAACCGUCUUUUUACGCAACAGUUGCGUGAGGGUGAUUCGUUUGUUUUCCCCCAAGGUUUGAUUCACUUUUUGUAUAAUCUUGAUUCGAAAGCUUCGGCCUUGGCAAUUUCAGGGCUUACCAGCCAAAAUCCUGGUGCACAACUUGCGUCAGCUGCUACAUUUACCACAAAACCAAACAUUCCUGAUGAAGUACUGAAGAAGGCAUUUCAGAUCAACGGCCAAGAUGUGUCAAGGAUACGUAAAAACUUGGGUGGUUAACAUAUAUCACUAUAUUUGAUGGCCAAAAAACAUAAAGUUGACCAUUCAUGUGUGAUGUUUAUAUGUGGGUUCAUAUUCUAAUGUUUUCUUUUAUAGGCUAUUUUCUUUUUUUAUUUUAAUAAAAGUUUGAUUUGUCUACCUCAUUUGUAUGUUGUAAUAAUUUUUAAUUUUUAAUAUUUUUUUGGUAAUAUUUUU